CGCCCGUCGGCCAUCAUGUCGUUCGCCAUCGCGGCCCUGGCCGCCUCCUACGGGUCGGGCUCGGGGUCCGAGUCGGAUUCGGGCGGCGAGGAGGGCGGACGCCGCCCGCUCCCCGCGCCCGCCCCGGCCCCGGCCCCGGCCCCGGGCCCGGCCCGGACCCUCGCCCUCGCCCGGACCGUGGACUCGGCCCCGGAGGUGCCCGUCAAGGAGGAUGUGGAGACGGGAGUUCAUCUGGACCCUGCCAUCAAGGAAGUUCAAUACAAUCCCUCCUAUGAGACGAUGUUCGCUCCCGAAUUUGGGCCCGAAAACCCAUUUAGGACUCAGCAGAUGGCAGCUCCUAGAAACAUGCUUUCCGGAUACGCCGAACCGACCCAUAUCAACGAUUUCAUGUUCGAACAGCAGAGGAGAACUUUUGCGACCUACGGUUAUGCUUUGGACCCCUCGCUCGAUAAUCACCAAGUUACCACCAAAUAUAUCGGCUCCGUAGAAGAAGCGGAAAAAAACCAAGGUCUAACCGUGUUUGAGACCGGACAGAAGAAAACCGAAAAGAGGAAGAAGUUCAAAGAAAAUGAUGCCUCAAAUAUUGACGGUUUCCUGGGUCCCUGGGCUAAAUACGUGGAUGAGAAAGAUGUGGCCAAACCUUCAGAGGAAGAACAGAAAGAGUUGGAUGAAAUAACGGCCAAGAGGCAGAAGAAAGGCAAACAUGAAGAUGACAAACCUGGAGAGGAGAAGACCAUCUUACACGUUAAAGAAAUGUAUGACUACCAGGGAAGAUCCUAUCUUCACGUUCCUCAGGACGUCGGCGUUAAUCUCCGUUCUCCGGUACCUCCGGAGAAAUGCUACCUUCCCAAAAAACAGAUCCACGUGUGGUCUGGACAUACCAAAGGCGUCAGUGCGGUCAGGCUGUUUCCCCUCUCUGGUCAUUUGUUACUGUCCUCCUCCAUGGACUGUAAAAUGAAGCUGUGGGAAGUUUAUGGGGAUCGGCGCUGUCUGAGGACAUUUAUCGGACACAGCAAGGCUGUCAGAGAUAUCUGCUUUAACGGCGCCGGGACCCAGUUCCUCAGUGCCGCUUACGACAGGUAUCUCAAGCUCUGGGACACAGAAACAGGGCAGUGCAUUUCAAGGUUUACCAAUCGGAAAGUUCCCUACUGCGUCAAAUUCAAUCCGGACGAAGAUAAACAGAAUCUCUUCGUCGCUGGGAUGUCGGACAAGAAGAUCGUACAAUGGGACAUUCGCAGUGGGGAAAUCGUGCAGGAAUACGACCGACAUUUGGGCGCCGUCAACACCAUCGUCUUUGUGGAUGAGAAUCGACGGUUCGUGAGUACAUCUGAUGACAAGAGUCUCAGAGUCUGGGAGUGGGACAUUCCCGUGGAUUUUAAAUACAUCGCGGAACCUAGCAUGCAUUCGAUGCCGGCCGUAACCCUGUCGCCCAACGGGAAAUGGUUGGCCUGUCAGUCGAUGGAUAAUCAGAUUUUGAUUUUCGGAGCUCAGAACAGAUUUCGAUUAAAUAAGAAGAAAAUCUUUAAGGGUCAUAUGGUGGCAGGCUAUGCUUGUCAGGUGGAUUUUUCACCAGAUAUGAGCUACGUGAUAUCGGGCGACGCGGACGGGAAACUGAAUAUCUGGGACUGGAAGACGACCAAGCUCUACAGUCGAUUCAAGGCUCACGACAAAGUCUGCAUAGGGGCGGUGUGGCACCCCCACGAGACCUCCAAGGUGAUAACGUGCGGCUGGGAUGGCCUCAUCAAACUGUGGGACUGAAGAAGCGCUUCGGCCGCUCGCGGUAUCCCACCCCAUCUCCCCGCUGCCGUUUCCAAACUCGGCAGACGCCGGUCGCUCCCGGGAGGCUUUCGAAGCGGGCGGGGGACGGAGGGGCCCGGUUCCCGGCGGACUCGCCCUCCCUCCCGGGUUCUUUGAAUUGAUCGAUGUGAAUUAUUUAUAUGGCCAAAACAAAAGAGCUGCAGCAGCUUGGAUCUCGUUCCGUACCAGUGUUCGCUCCUCCCGUCUUUACCGCGCAAACGUGUGCUAGGCCGCACUGAGUGUUUCUCCCGGAACCCCCGCACCCCUCCCUGGGCUCGGUCUCCCGAUAAGCGAACGCCCCCUGGGCCCCGCGCCCCCCAAAAAGCGGGCGAGUCCAGCGUCCGAACCCGAGCUGGGGAGCCGGGCGGCGCACGUCCCGACGCGGACCCCCCCCCGGGAAAGCAACGGACCCCGGAGGCCGGACGCGGCAGCGGGAUGGUCCGAGGAUCCCCGGCGUCCCCGCCCUCCUGCGGCCGUCGACUCGGCCGAGCCGCCCCGUUCCGUUUCCGGGGCGGAGCCGGGGCCCCGGCCCCGGGAAAGAUGACUCCCGCGCGGUCGCGCGUCGCCGCGACCCUCGGCCACCGCGGCGGCAGCCGUACGCUUCUCCGGGCCCGGCCAGGAGAAGCCACAUUCCAGCCCGCCGUCCCGGGGACCGGCAGGCCCGGCCACCGGGCCGAUCCCGCCACGAGGCUCCCGAGAGCGGAUGAGCCCUUCGGCAUCGGACCGCCUCUCACGUGCUCGUUUUCGGCCCUUCUCCCUCUGUCGCUGCGCACGAUACGUGUCGGCGGAAAUCGCGCCUUUUCUCAACCGUCCGUUCUCGGUGUGGUGUUCGGAUGAUCUUUCAGAGCGAGAUGACUGUACAGAAAAGUAGGUCUCUUGGAAGAGCGUAUUUUUAAAAUAAAAAACUUUUUGCAGUAAA